UUGAAAAGUUCACAUACAGGAAGUAUUGAUAACAUCAACAGUUCCAAUUUUACCACAAAAAGGGUAUUGUAAUGACAUAAGAGUAAUAUAUGCCUAUGGUCAAAAGAAAAAAAUAUUCAUUACCAGAAACAGAAAACAUGUCGUCAGAUUUGUCAGAACCCCAAUCUAAACCAAGAGAGACAUUCAUGAUGAAGAUCAGUGACCUAGAAAUAUUUCUUCAAUUCCAUGCUGAUACACAUAACACAGUUUUGAACUUCCAGAAUAUAUCUCCAGAGAAUUUCGACUUAAAAAAAAAAGCGCAAUGUGAACAAAUAUUCUCAAACAAAUUUAGGGAUGCCUUACAAAAAGUUGCAGAAGAAAGUAAAAUGAAUGAGGAGCUUCAUUCAUUUGUUAAGAAAAUUAGCAAGAAAAUAAGAACACGUGACAUGCAUACUGUCAGUACAAACAAAUGGCGUCCGUGGCUAAGGACACAAGAAGACGAAGCGACCGCCGAAAAAAAGAUAAAAGAUGACAAUGCUUGCACAGACGACACCGGUGUUUUCUUGUUGUACUCACGAACCCCUACAUCAGAUGUAAUUGAUAAGAGUCGUCUUGAAGAAAUGAAACUGCGUAAGGAGGAAAUACCGUCAUCUUCCGAGUCCACGUCAGGUUUAAGCGACGACUCGCGUGUUUGGCUAACUAUUCCAUUGAAUGCAGUUCGCCAAAACAGAAUAGACGUAUUAGAUUUAUGCAUUAAGACAGGAAUAGAUAUAGGAAUAUUUCGCGAUAUUCGUGGUUUAUCACUUUUACACGAAGCCUUAUUGGGUGUCACAGAUAAUGAGAUGAUAGAAAAGCUAUUAACGCAUAUCAAUAAGAGUUCUUUAUCUGACAGCAAUUUUCCUCCAAUGAAAGUGCUUAUGGCCAAUGAAAAGUUAUCUUGUAAGCAAAAGAUAGAAUUAAUGAGAAAACUCAUUUCGUAUGGUGUGCCACUGCAUUAUGACAAUUCUACUGAGGGAGGUGCUGUUCAAAAUGUUAUCUCUGCGAUGAGCAGUGUUCAUGACGAAUCAAUGAUUGAAGACUGGAAACAAUUGCUAGAUGAACUUCUGUCACUCGGAGUUAGCAUAAAUAGUACAGACUGGUUUAAACACACGGCUCUGCUGGUUGCCAUCAAUAGCAUUCCGCCUCAUGGGUUUGAAGACAUGCAUGAUGAAGAAAAUUCAGUUCAAAAUUUGAAAGUAAUACGAAAGCACAAAAUGGAAAUAGUCCAAUAUUUGCUGGAAAAGGGUGCCAAUCCUGACAUAAGGGAUGCAUCCGGUAGAACAUGCCUCCACAAUGCGGCACUGUCUCAGAACGUGGAUGUGGUCGACUUAAUAAUAAAACAUGGAGCAUGCGUUAAUUCCUUAAAUCAUUUAGGAAUGACUCCUAUUUACUGUGUGUGUACUCAGGGUGACUGGAGUGAGGAGGAGGAUGACGUCCAUGACAUUCUUUUCCCUAUUCUACUUUUACUGAUAAAGUCUGGUUGUGACGUGAACAAGCAGGGAAAAGAUCUCUCAAGCGUCCUUCAUUUUGCAGCAGCAAAACUGAACUAUGUCAUUUGCAAAUUUUUAUUAGAAUCGGGAGCCGAUGUAGCAGUCAGUGAUCACUUAAGGCGAACACCAUUACAUCUUUCUGUUCGAAAUAAGGAUACGACUGUAAUAGAUUUACUUCUACAAUUUGGCGCCAAUUUAAAUGCAAGAGACAUCCAUAAUGAUUCCCCGUUACACAACGCAUGUUUGUUUGAAAACACAACAGCUGUUCAAGUCCUUCUAGACAAUGGUGCUGAGGUAUCAAUAGUAGGGGAUUUGGGGAUCCAACCUAUCCAUAUUGCGGCAGAAAAUGGUAACUUUUCCAUGAUAAAAUUUUUUAUCGACAAUAAUGCAGAUGUCAAUGUCAAAGAUAAUUUUGGCGCUACUCCGCUGCAUUAUGCAGCGGCAGAUGGAAAUCCCGAUUCUAUUCCAUGUCUGCUCGAUAAUGGAGCAGAUAAGAUGAUCGCCGACGACAUGGGGAGAAAGCCUCUUGAUCUUGCAAAACAAAUGGGACAAUUCAAAGCGUCAUCCUUAUUAGCUGAAAACGAGUCUGAUGUUAAAUUUGGUAAUUUUCCAGAAGGAUUGUUUCCAAACAGACCUCUUGUUAAAAUGUCGGAUGUAGAUGAAUAUUUCAAUAACCUUAUAAUUAAACUACAACGUAUGCGAAAUAGUGAACGAGACAUAGGGGAAACUAUUCUAAAUACUCCAGGACUUGGCAAAGUCGAUUUCGCUAAGGGAGAGAAUGCAGACAUUUUCCAGAUCAUCCAACAAUUUAUAGACAAGGUAUUGGUUAGAGUCGGUGAAUUAGAUCCAUUAUUUAAAGGUUGUUUAUUGAAUGCAGGAAGUACAUUGGAAGGCGUUAAGAUAGGAUAUCCGAAUGAAUUCGAUUUUCUAGUCCAUCUUGAACAUUUCAGUUCUAUUGUAGAGAGAAUUGAAACAUCUGACGUUCCUGGCUUUUCAAAGAUAUUCGUGAAGUCACCUCUUCCCAAGAAGUACGAUACGUUUUGUGAGCGUUCAAGUAAUUAUCUAAACGCGGGUUGUAUCCUGAGGCGCUUCAACCAGCUUCUACGACUGGCAAAAUAUGAUGUUCUACAAGAGCAUGUUGAACAUAUAUAUACUGGACAUAUGAUUCUACGGGAUAGUGAAAGCGUCAUGAGUAAUCUACCUAUUCCACUCGGUAAUCUUGUUGCUUUGUCCGUAACAUGGAGAGGUAGAGAGUUUAAGUUUUUGGACAUAUCCAUUGACGUAAAUCCUGUCGUUUUCACAACAAGUUGGCCACAUGAUGUAAUUACUGACUGUUCCUUGAUGCCAAAUCUCACAGACAAGGGAAUGUACUUGAUUCCUAAAAUGUGUGAAGCAGUUUCUAGUUGGCCUGGAGAACUGAUUAACGAAAACACUGAUUUAUGGCGUUUUUCUUUUGCGCAUAUAGAAUCUGAAAUUAUUCAGUCACUACCGCCGGAAGGAAGGGAUUGUUAUAUGUUGUGUAAGACCUUCCGACUGGAACCUCUUUGCUGUAGUGUCGAACUUGACAGAACGGGUAUAAAUGAGCCGGAGUGUGCGUUCUCAUCCCGUUUAAACCAAAAGGUUUCUUCAUCCGACGACGACCAAAAUGACGAUGCUGAUGAUGAUGAUGAUGAGAAUGAUGAUGAUGACGAUGACGAUGAUGACGAUAAUGAUGAUGAUGAUGAUCAAAUAAAGCAAAACUUUGAAACCGCAAUGGAAAAUUACGCUAACAAAAAUAAUGAGAUAGAUCUAAAUGAAUUGAUGGACUAUGAAGAAGAAUUUGGCAAAGAUGAAAUGACAGCAGAAAAAUUAAUUCCUUCAUACUAUAUCAAGACCCUUUUUCUGAAAGAGGUAGAGCUUCUUUAUAAGGAAAAUAAAAACCUUUCGAAUAAAGAUCUGAAAACAAUGACAAGGAAAGUGUAUGACAAAAUAUUAACUGCCAUAGAAACCGAGUAUCUAUCAACAUUGCUGGUACCAACGCAGAAUAUUUACCACGCAGCAAGACAUUAUGAAAACGAAGAUGGGGCUGUGGAAUUAAGACAUAAGUUCUGUGAAAACAUACUCCAACUCCUAGAAAAGCUUGAUUUUAAGACCAAUUAAAUAUUGAACUUCAAAA